AUGAGUGUAUGUUUGAAAUACAUAAAGCCUGAUAAGGAAUGCAUGAAGAAUGCAAUUAUUUCUCAUAAUAUUGACUUUGUUUCCUUCCUGAUGACUGAAUAUGGAAUGAAAAUCGAUAUGGAAAAAUGCUGUUUAUAUCAUAAUAUCCAAGCACUAUUUGUUUAUUUUGAUCAAGGAAAUGAUAUUCAAAAAUGCAUUGUUGAAGCAACCUACUAUGAUAUUUAUUUACCAUAUGAAUACUUGAUCACCCAUGGAAUAGAUUUCAAUGCAAAAGACUCUUAUGGAAGAAGUGUUAUUCACUCUGCAGCAGCAAACGGUCGUGAGCAAAUAAUAGAGAUCCUCUUAUCCCAUGGAAUUGAUAUCAACUCUAAAGAUGAAAGAGGAAAAACUGCUCUCCAUUAUGCUGCAAUGUUUAAUCGAAAAGAAACCGCCGAAUUCCUUCUUGCCCACGGUGCAGAAAUCAAUGAAAAGGACGAUAAUGGCUAUACACCCCUUUAUUUGGCAUAUGAAUACAAUAGUAGAGAUGUUAGAAGAUUCCUUAUUUCUAAUGAUGCAAUUGAAUAA